GAUCCCGAAACAACAUGUACACGCCCAUCCCCCAGAGUAGCUCCCCGUUCCCAGCCUCUGUGCAGAAUCCUGGCCUGCACAUUUGGCGGGUGGAGAAGCUGAAGCCAGUGCCUGUAGCACCUGAGAACCAGGGUGUCUUCUUCUCGGGAGACUCCUACCUAGUGCUGCACAAUGGCCCAGAGGAGCUCUCUCACCUGCACCUGUGGAUAGGCCAGCAUUCGUCUCGGGAUGAGCAGGGGGCCUGUGCGGUGCUAGCCGUGCACCUCAACACCCUACUCGGGGAACGGCCUGUGCAGCACCGUGAAGUGCAGGGCAAUGAAUCUGACCUCUUCAUGAGCUACUUCCCACGUGGCCUCAAGUACCAGGAAGGCGGUGUGGAGUCAGCAUUUCACAAGACUUCCCCAGGGACCACCCCAGCUGCCGUCAAGAAACUCUACCAGGUGAAAGGGAAGAAGAACAUUCGUGCCACAGAGCGAGCACUGAGCUGGGACAGCUUCAACACUGGGGACUGCUUCAUCUUGGACCUGGGCCAGACCAUCUUGGCCUGGUGUGGUGGAAAGUCCAACAUCUUGGAGCGCAACAAGGCCCAGGACUUGGCUCUGGCCAUUCGGGACAGCGAGCGGCAGGGCAAGGCCCAGGUGGAGAUCGUCACUGAGGGGGAGGAGCCUGCCGAGAUGAUCCAGGUCCUGGGCCCCAAACCUUCUCUGAAGGAGGGCAACCCUGAGGAAGACCUUACAGCUGACCAGACAAAUGCCCAUGCCGCAGCCUUGUAUAAGGUCUCUGAUGCCACUGGGCAGAUGAACCUGACCAAGGUGGCUGACUCUAGUCCCUUUCCUCUCGAGCUGCUCAUAUCUGAUGACUGCUUCGUGCUGGACAAUGGGCUCUGUGGCAAGAUCUACAUCUGGAAGGGGCGAAAAGCUAACGAGAAGGAGCGGCAGGCGGCCCUCCAAGUGGCCGAGGGCUUCAUCUCCCGCAUGCAGUAUGCCCCAAACACUCAGGUGGAGAUUCUGCCUCAGGGCCGCGAGAGUCCCAUCUUCAAGCAAUUCUUCAAGGACUGGAAAUGA